AUGGAGAACCCCCUCAGGAAUUUCUUGCGGGAGGUGAUGUUCACCGGCGGCUCCCAUAGUCCUUAUGCCAAAAUGAUGAGGGGACAGAUCACCCUGUCCCAGCUGUUUUCAGAGCUAGAAGAGGGCUGCAAGCAGCACGCAUCCACCUUGGGCACAGCCCUGCCACCCACCUUCUCGGUGGCCCGAGCCUUCGAAGAGAUGGCAGCCAAGGGGGCAAUCAAUGCCCCCCUCCUGCGGGCAGCCAGGGUGCUGCGGAGGAAUGGGUUUAAGACCUGUGUCUUCACCAACAACUGGGUGGACGACAGCGCCGGGCGGCUCUUCACAGCCCGCCUGAUGACCCUGCUGCGCCGGCACUUCGACCUGGUCCUCGAGUCCUGCCGGCUCGGGGUGCAGAAACCGGACCCCCGGAUCUACGCCCACGCCUUGGAUGUGCUGCAAGCAAAGCCACAGGAGGUCAUCUUCCUGGAUGACAUUGGGGAGAACCUGAAGCCGGCACGGGAGAUGGGCAUGGCCACCAUCCUCGUCAGGGACACCAAGACUGUCUUGAAGGAACUGGAGGAGCUCUCGGGUGUGCAGCUUCUCACCCAAGAGGAGCCACUGCCAACUGCAUGUGAUCCAUCUGAUGUCACCCAUGGAUACGUGUCCAUCCGGCCUGGUGUCCAGCUGCACUUUGUGGAAAUGGGGCAUGGUCCUGUGGUCUGCCUGUGCCAUGGCUUCCCCGAGUCCUGGCUCUCCUGGCGUUACCAGAUCCCGGCUUUGGCUGAUGCUGGCUUCAGGGUGAUCGCUCUGGAGAUGAAGGGCUACGGGGAGUCCACAGCCCCACUGGACAUAGAAGAAUAUUCCCAGGAGCAGAUAUGCAAGGACCUGGCAGUUUUCCUGGACAAACUGGGGAUCCCGCAGACCGUGCUCAUUGGCCAUGACUGGGGUGGUGCCGUGGUCUGGAACAUGGCUCUGUUCUACCCCGAGAGGGUGAGAGCGGUGGCCUCGCUGAACACCCCGUACCGACCUGCUGACCCCACUGUGGACAUCGUGGAGAAGCUGAGAGCAUACCCCACCUUUGAUUACCAGUUCUACUUCCAGGAACCGGGUGUUGCAGAAGCGGAGCUGGAGAAGGACGUCGGCCGGACCCUGAAGGUCCUGAUCCGCUCUGCGCGCCAGGAGGUGGAGUGAAUGCACCUUUGUGAGCAGGGGGGGCUGCUGGUGGGCUUCCCAGAAAACCCCCCUGCCAGUCAGAUCCUGCACGGCCCUGAGCUGCAAUACUACAUCCAGCGCUUCCAGAAAUCUGGCUUCAGAGGCCCCUUGAACUGGUACCGCAACAUGCGACCCAACUGGCGCUGGGCUGGCUCCGCCAAGGACAGGAAGAUCACAAUGCCAGCGCUGAUGGUGACGGCUGGGAAGGACAUGGUGCUACAUCCCAGCAUGAGCAAGGGCAUGGAGGAGUGGAUCCCACAGCUCCACCGGGAGCAGCUUGAGGACUGUGGACACUGGACACAAAUGGAGAGGCCGGCAGAGCUCAACAGGAUCCUGGUGGGAUGGCUGGAGGGACUCCCCCCUGAUACACCCCUGCCCAUGACCUCCAGGCUGUGA